GUCAGCCUCAGCGCCUUCGCCCUCCUCUUCUCCGAGCUGGUCCAGUACUGCCAGAACCGCGUCUACUCGGUGGCCGAGCUGCAAGCCAAGCUAGCCCGCCUGGGCCACCAAGUAGGCCUUCGCGUCCUGGACGCCUUGGUGGCCCGGGAGAAGAGCGGACGGCGCGAAACCAAGGACCUAAACGUCCUCCUCUUCGUCAAGGGCCCGGUUUGGCGCGCCCUCUUCGGCAAAGAGGCCGACAAGCUGGAACAAGCCAACGAUGACGACAAGACCUACUACGCCGGCCUGGUGGAGGCCGUCCUGGCCGCCAGCGGUUUCCCGGCCAAGGUCAGCGCCCACUGGCACAAGGGCACCACCCUCAUGAUCAAGUUCGAGGAGGCCGUCAUCGCCCGGGACAAGAGCCUGGAGGGGCGCUGA